AUGUCACAAAUUACAAAGGCAUAUCCAUCCUUCAUUCAAAAAAUACUUAUUGGGCCAUCAUCUGAGAAACGUCUAAUUUAUGUCUUAAAGAUUUUUAACGGUACUGCCACACCAAGAGGCGCAUUGUGGAUUGACUGUGGUAUUCACGCCAGAGAAUGGAUAGCACCGGCGUUCUGUCAGUGGUUCGUACAAUAUGUGAAACACUACACACAGGACACGAUGAUCACCAAUAUGCUGAAAUCUUUUGAAAUAUAUAUCCUUCCCAUCUGGAACGUUGAUGGCUAUGAGUACACAUGGACAACUAACCGCUUCUGGAGGAAGAAUCUUUCUAAACAUAACGGGGGUCAAUGUUUAGGGACCGACCUAAACCGCAAUUGGGAUGCAAGCUGGUGCGCUUCUGGAGCAUCAAGCAACCCAUGUAGUGAAACCUACUGCGGACGUUACCCUGAGUCUGAACCAGAGGUGAAAGCUGUAGCUACCUUCAUCAGACAGAGAUCAAAUCACAUCAAGAGCUACAUCUCAAUACAUUCGUACUCUCAAAUGGUUAUGUUUCCGUACUCCUACAAAAUGUCUAAAUCUAGAGAUCAUGAUGAGUUGAAUUAUAUAGCGUGGAAGGCAGUCACUGCUGUCAGGUCUGUGCAUGGGACAAGCUACAAAUAUGGAAACUCAGCAAAAGCUAUCUAUUUAUCUAGUGGAUGUUCAGAUGACUGGGCUUAUGACUUGGGCAUUAAAUAUUCAUUUACCUUUGAACUUCGUGAUACUGGGAGAUAUGGCUUUUUGCUUCCACCUCACUUAAUAAAACCAACUUGUGAAGAAGCUACAGCUGCUGUGACCGAAAUUGUACGCCACAUCAUCCAAAACGUUUGAACACACUUGUGUUGCUCAAC